AUGGGAGAUGUCAACGAGCUGCUGAAGUUCAUUCGGACGCUGCAUGAGGGAACCCUGGUGUUCGUGGCCUCAUACGACGACCCAGCCACCAAGAUGAACGAAGAGACGCGGAGGAUUUUCAGCGAGCUCGGCAGCAGUGUGGCCAAGGAGCUUGGAUUCCGCGACAGCUGGGUCUUUGUGGGGGCCAAGGGGGUGCAGGACAAAAGCCCCUUUGAGCAGGUGAGCCCCCCACCCUCCCAUUUCCCUGUUCCUGGGGGCCAGCCCCACUCGUCUCCCCAUCCGCAGCUGAUUGCCUUCCCAAGGGCAGACCUGGGGCAGCCAGCAGGUGUCCUGUCAUGCCUGCAGAGAUUCCCAUGA